AUGAAUAAUAUUAUAGCAAAAGAUGGCCUAUUUGGUUUUUAUAAAGGCGUACAUGCUAAUUUAAUGACAACUAUUUGCGGAUCUUCAGUAUUGGUUACAUAUGAUAUUGUUAAGUUCCGCUUUGAUAAGCUAAUGGAGUCAUAUUCCAAAGACCUUGAUUCAACGUUUACGUUCAGUGACAGAAAUAAUAUAACAAAUCAUUCUCAAUAGAAAUCUCGCACUGAUAACAUCGUACUGUGACACGUGGAGCGCUCAAUUUUAAAUAUGUUGCACGUGGAAAAUCAUAUUGAUAAUCAUAAGGAAAGUGGCAUGGAUCACUUGAGAAAUAACAUUUGUAAUAGUUCUAUAACCACUGAAAAUGUUCGUGAAAGUCAUGUGCUUGUUCUUUAUACUGGCGGUACUAUUGGCAUGAUUAGAAAUGAAAAUGGAGUUCUUGUACCUAAACCAAACGCUUUUGUGAAAAAAUUACGGAAUUAUCCACAUAUGUACGAUCGAGAAUACACGGAAAAACGAUUUGGAUCGAUGGGACCGCUGGUACUUCCAAUGACUGCAACAGAUAGUAGACGUGUCAUUUAUAAUGUAUUAGAAUAUUCACCACUCUGCGAUUCUAGUAACAUGACUAUGGACGAUUGGAUACACAUUGCUAAUGAUAUUAAGCAAUCUUACGAGUAUUUUGAUGGAUUCAUCGUUCUACAUGGAACGGACACAUUAAGUUAUACAGCAUCUGCUUUAUCUUUUAUGCUUGAAUCUCUGGGUAAAAUAGUUAUUUUAACUGGUUCUCAAGUUCCAAUUUUUGACAGCAGAAGCGAUGGUUUGGACAACUUCCUCUCGUCUCUAAUAAUAGCCGCAAAUCAUAACAUACCAGAAGUAUGCGUAUUUUUCGGAACGAAUUUGAUGAGAGGAAAUCGUACUUGCAAAAUAUCGGCCACCUCAUUCGAAGCGUUCGAUUCACCGAAUUUCCCACUUUUGGCCAAGGCCAACAUCAAUAUAGAAGUGAAUUAUCGAACAAUAUUUCGACCAUGUACAUUAGAAAAGUUUUAUGUACAUACAUCCUUGAAUAGAAAUGUUGGAUUGAUUCGAAUAUUUCCAAGUAUGACCACAGAUUUGGUAAAAACAUUUUUACAACCUCCUAUUGAAGGUGUUGUGUUGCAAUCUUAUGGAACAGGAAAUGUUCCUUCUAAUCGAGAAGAUAUAAUUAAAGAAUUAUCCGCAGCUACGAAACGCGGAGUUAUCAUUGUUAAUAUUACACAAUGUUCAACGGGUCAUGUUUCAAAUUUGUACGAACCUUCCAAAUUUCUUUAUGAUGCUGGCAUAAUAUCAGGUUUCGAUAUGACACCUGAAGCUGCAUUGACUAAACUCGCUUACGUAUUGUCAAAGGAAGAAUGGGAUAUGCAAACGAAACUCGAAAUGAUGCAAACGAAUCUACGCGGAGAAUUAACUGCAGGACGACCUCCACAUCUCGAAGAUUUAGAUUUAGUGGAGGCGGUUGCAAGAUCUUUAAAAAUCUCUUCGACGACAGAAUAUCAAGAAUUGGGAUCAAUUCUUUUUCCUGCGAUGUUAAAUGCCGCCGUGCGAAGUCGCGACAUAAUAAAACUCGAAGCCUUGAAAACAUAUGGUGCAGAUAUUUCGCAACAAAACGCAGAUGGUCGCACAGCUUUACAUAUUGCUUGUUGCGAAGGCGAUUUAAAUAUUGUUCGCUGCCUUUUACGAAUGGGUGCAAACGUUCAUAUCAAAGAUCGAUUUAAUCGCACCCCUCUUACUGAUGCGAUAGAAUUUGAUCAUCAUGAGAUUAUUAAAAUUCUAAUGCAGUGCGGUGCACAUUUACACGGAAACGCAUGCAUAAUAGGAGAAAAAAUGUGUAUUGCGGCAACCACUGGAAACAUAAAACGUUUAAAAUCGUAUCAAUUGGCAAACGCCAUACUCUCGCAGAAAGAUUUUUCUGGAAGAACCCCAUUGCACUUCGCGGCGCUGCAUAAUAGAACACAAGUUAUCAAAUUCUUAAUGGAAUACAACGUAGAUAUGAUAUGUUUUGAUAAAAUGAAUCAAUCGCCAUAUGAUCUCGCCAUAGCAGCUGGUUCCACAGAAGCAGCGAUAUUGUUAUCUCCUCCUAAAUGAUCUAAUUGAAUUUAUCGAAUUAAUUAUAAUUAUUAACUAUAGUUACUAACUAUAGUAAAAAAUCUCGAAAUGAAAGUAAAA